AUGAAUGUUUAUUUAGUUUAUGAAUAUGAGUAUCGUUAUUGGUUUCCUGAUAAGGAGGCAUAUCAUGGUGUAGUGAUGGCAGAUGAGACAAUGCGUGAUGCAUCUGAUGAGCCCCAGAUUACUGAUGGAGCUGCUACGAAGAAGAAAAGUAGGCCAAGAGGUCCUACAAAAGGGAUACGUUCCAAACCCGGCAUUCAGAGAGUUCUUGCUUGGGAUGAGUGGAUACGUCCGAUUGGGCGCUAUGCUGUUGAGUACAAGAUUUAUUGUGGGGAGAUCAGUAGAAGCAAAGUGUCUAUCUUGUACGACACUUGGGAUGAUGUUCCAGAAGGCACGAAAAACACUUUGUGGGAAGAUGCUAAAAGAGAAUUUGGAAUAGAAGAAGAUGUUUUGAAGAAACGAGAUGUCUUGACUACAUGUGAUAAACGGUGGAGAGAUUUCAAGUCAAGAUUGGUGACCAGAUGGAUCACGAAAACGAGGAAGGGGCCUAACAAUGAUAGGCUACCAUACGUGAUGUAUCCUUUCAUCACACGAGAGAUAUGGGACCAGUUUGUACAAAAAUGUAGCUCUAAGGAGUUCCAGGCAAAAAGUGCAAAAGCAAGAAUCUCUCAGGCUGCUAACAAGCAUCCUCAUUUUUUGGGCCAAAAAUCAUAUGCGGAGAUGAUUCCCAUUUGGCAAAGCAGAGGGUAA